AUGGCAUCCCUCGAGGAGCGCGUCGUCGCGUGGCUGCGCGAGGAGAAGGUCAAGCUCUGGCUCGCGCCCUACGACGACGACGGCGCCCUCACCGCCACAGCGAGCACCUACGCAGCCGCGCUCGACGAAGCAGACGUCGCGGCCGUCGCCGCGACGCUGCGCGACCUGCGGCGGCGCGCCGUCGAGAAGCUCGCGGCGAAGCGGCGGCGCACCGUGCGCGGCGCCGGCGCGGCGGGCGAGCCGUUCGAGGUCGCGCUCGACGGCGGCACGGCCGGCGCCGACGCGCGCGCCGUGCUCGCGGCGGCCGGCGGCUACGACGGCCGCGUCCGCGUCAUCGCCGGCGGCCGCGCGCUCGUCGACGGCGCGACGCUCGCGGCGCAGGGCUGGCCGUCGGACGCCGAGCGGGCGGGCCGGCCGCUGCGCGCGAUCCUGAUCGCGGAGCCGGCGGCGCCCGCGGUCGACGAGCCGUCGGAGGUCGACCGGCUCCUGGACGCCUGCGACCGGCUCGCGCGCGACCGCGCGUUCGACAUCUCCGACGGGCGGAGCGGCCGGCGCGUGCGGGUGCCGCCCGCCGCGCGGCCCGCGCUCGUCCAGGCCGUCGCGCUCCACGCGCGCGGCAAGCGGUGCGGCGACGCGGCCGCGGCCAUCGACUUUUUUCUCGCCGCGGACGAGGCCUUCGACCGCGUCCGCGCGGCGGCGCCGGCGCUCGUGGACGAGGUCGACAAUUUCGGCUUUUUGCAGCUCGACUUGUGCCGCGCCUACGCGCUCCUGGGCGACGGCGCGCUGCUGCUGCCGCUCUGCCUCUCGCGCGCAGCUUCGUUCCUGCGCGCGCGCUGCGACGUGACGAACGUGACGGACGCGCGGUUCAAAAGGGUCGCACCGCAGCCGCUGCAGGGCUGGGCCGUCCCCGACAGCGAUGUCGUCGUCGGCCCGCUGCCCUGCAAGACGGGCAGCACGACGCUGCGCGACUUCGUGAUCGACCGGCGCGGCGGCGUCGAGAUCAAGGGCCUCGACGCGUUCCGCGCAGCCGCGGCGCGCGGCGCGGCGCUCUACUCGUCCGCGCGGCACCCCGUCGAGCGCUUCGUGAGCGGGUACCGGCAGCUGGACGUUUUCUACAAGAUGGGCUGGAUCCAAAAGUCCUGGUUCACAGGCGCGUGCCGCCUGACCUGGCCCGAGGACUGGUGCGAGCCCAGCUACGCGCUGCGCGCCGGCGCGGAGCGGCCCGGGCUCGCCUCAGACGUCGCGACGCAGUACCGGCGCCUCGAGCGCUUCGUCGCCGACGUCGAGCGCUGCGGCUUCUUCAACAAGCACAUCAUGCCCAUGGCGCUGAGCUUCAACCAGGGCCUCGACAUGCGCGACUACGACUUCCUGCGCACGGACGACCUCGCCGCGGACCUCGCGGCCGCGCUGCCCGGCGCCGGCGCCGCCGGCGUCGCCAUGCGGACGGGCGGCUCGCGCUGGGCGAAGCGCAUGGCCGCCGACGCCGCCGACGCGCGCUCGCCGCACCGCGCUCUCGCGCGGAGCCUCCUGGCGCGCAUCUGCGACCUCGUCCGCGUCGACCUCGACUGCUUCCCGGCCUUCGGCGGCGGCGGCGACGACGUCUGCGCGGCGGCGGCGGGGACGGCGGCGGCGACGGACGAAG